AUGUCCACGGAGUCGGUUUCCCAGCGGUCUUUCCUAGGCUUGGAAGGCCAGCAUGUUUUCAUUACCGGGGCUGCUAGCGCCAUUGGAUCCGAGGCGAUCCGAGAAUUUCUAGAUCACGGAUGCCGUGUCACAGCCUACGAUAACAGCCCAGUACAGCUUUCCGGCAUCGACGCAGAACGCUUCUCUCGGUUGCAGAUUUUGGACGGCGAUAUCACUAAAGAGUGCUCCAUCCAGUCUGGCUUUGCCAAGGCAGAGGAAAGAUUUGGACCUGCCACCAUUCUCAUUGUCAACUCCAAAGAUGAAGAGACGACACGCCAGCAACCCAUCUGGGAUCUCCCACUUGAGGACUGGGAAAAGAGCUACAAGUUGAACGUGCGCGGAUCUUUUCUUGCUAUUAAGCAUUUCUUGCGCCGGGUGCGUGAAAAUCAGCAGAUAGUAGGGAGUAAGCUGGCGAGCCCGUCUAUUGUUGUAAUGGAGACCGAGACACAUGCAGGCCUCGCUGCUGGAAAAGCUGGUCUUCACUAUGGUCUUCUUCAAACGGUGCGGAAUGAGAUCCUGCACCUCAACCCCGAGGGCCGUAUCAAUGCUAUUGCUCCUGGUAAGGAUAUCAAUGCAAGCGACGAGACCGCUGGCCCUUGUGCUGUAGCCCCAAUGAUGGCCUUCCUAGCUUCAAAGCGUGCUUCUGGUCACAUAUCCGGGCAAUGCAUUCAAGUUGAGGGGAAGCAGCCUUCUGGGAAUACGCAAGUUCCCAAGCUUGAUGCAAACCGAACCCAGAUCCAGUCCAUUCCUCGUGGACUUGGAAAGCCAAAGCGCAACAAGAUCCGUGUCGCCGUGUCAAUUGACCUUGACGCAGUGUCAGGAUGGCUUGGAACGAACGCACACUCCGAUAAUGGUCUUGCAGAUUACUCAGCGGGAUUUUUCGCUGCCCAUGUCGGAGUCCCCCGAUUACUGCGUAUGCUGAAAAAGCUAAACAUAGCCGAUCGCUGCACCUGGUUUGUUCCAGGCCACUCAGCCGAAAGCUUCCCAGCAGAAGUCAAGCAGGUCGUUGACUCGGGCUGCGAGAUCGGUUUGCACGGCUACGCGCAUGAGGGAGCGUACCAGCUCACCCCAGAGCAGGAACGCGAUGUCCUCAUGCGGUGCAUGGAUAUCGCGCAAACCUUAACGGGCAAGAAGCCAGUCGGCUAUCGAGCACCACUAUACCAGCUCCGCGAAUCAACCCUCGAUCUUCUCGAGGAGUUCGGAUUCGAGUAUGAUGCCUCUCUAACCGAUAACGACUGCCACCCCUUCUUCGCUCCCAGACGCCCCCCUAUCAAACCAAUCGAUUUCUCCAAGCCAGCUUCCAGCUGGAUGCACCCCGUCCAGGAACCCGUAUCUCCGCCCGAUAGACGUCCCCUCGUUUGCGUGCCAUGUAACUACUACAUGGAGGAUAUGACACCAAUGCAGUUCCUGCCACACACCGCGAAUUCCCAGGGAUAUGUCGAUGUGCGGGUUAUUGAACACAUGUGGCGCGAUCGGUUCUUGUGGAUUCGUGAUAAUGAGGAGGAGCCUGUUUUCCCUGUUUUGAUGCAUCCGGAUACGAGCGGUAUGGCUCAUAUUAUUGGGAUGUUAGAGCGGAUGUUGAGGUGGUUGAAGGAGUGGGAAUGUGAAGGUGAGGUAGAAUUUUUACAAACAGGGGAGAUUGCAAGGUGGUGGAAGGAGAAACAAUUAGGCAGUGGCACUCAGUGA